GUCUGCUCCGAGUCGUACGCGUCGGCAGGCACGCGCCACACGCAUAUACGCGCCAUUCGUGCGCGCGACGCACGCACGACGCACGUAUAAGAAGUUCGGAAUCGCGCACGCCGCGUUUCGGUUCGGUCUCUCUCUCUAGUCUCCCGGCGCGUUCGUAACCUCUCGUCUUCCUCGACGACACUCCUCGCCCACUGGGUAGAUCGGUCGGUCGGUCAGUCAGUCGGUUGGUUGGUUCUGGUCAAGAUGGCCGAGAAAAGCGGCUCGCCGGCCGCCGCGGCCCCGGAACAGCAGCAACAGCAGCAGUCGCAGUUCCUGUCGAGCUUCAUCGCCGAGAUCGUCAAGAGCCCGGUGAACCUCGCCCUCGUGGGCGUGAUCGCCAUCCUGGUCUACAAGAUCGUCAAGAGCCGCACGCGGACCGAGGAGCCUGUGCAGGAGGUGAAGAAGCUGCCGAAGCUGCGCCGCGACUUCGCGAUCGAGGAGCUGACCAAGUACGACGGCAAGGGCCCGGACGGCCGGAUACUCGUCGCCGUCAACGGCAGCGUGUACGACGUCACCAGAGGCGCCAAGUUCUACGGCCCUGGUGGACCCUACGAGGCGUUCGGUGGUCGGGAUGCCAGUAGAGCACUCGCGAGGUUCGCGGUGGACGCCGCGACGGACAAGUAUGACGAUCUGAGCGACCUGAACACCACAGAAAUGAAUUCCAUCAAGGAGUGGGAAGAGCAAUUCAAAGAGAGAUACGAAUACGUCGGAAAGUUACUAAAGCCUGGCGAGGCACCGACAAAUUACUCCGACGAGGAGGACGAGGGUAGCCAGCAGGAGACCGAGGCGAAGUCGGACGAUACGGAGAAAAAGGCGGAUUGCAGCGAGGCCGCAGGGAAGUCAAAGAGCGAUUGACCGCAUGAUCGUACGUCGGUGGCAGAACUGUUGCGGGAGCACACUACGCACACGCUGUUGUUACAGAAAUCUCUGAAAUUGUCGCUCAUGAAUAUAUUUCUGGACGUUCGGCCGAAUAUUUUAUUACUUCGUAACGAUAAUCGGAUAAAGAGGCGAAACGCCGGCUUUUAAUCGCGCGUUGGAAGUACAUAAAAUAACAAUCUUUCCGAAAAGAAAAAAAAAAUAGCUGAUGGUUAACACUAUACGUGAAGACUUUAUUUGGUCGUUCCAACUCACAUACACCGAUCAGCGUGCGGACGCUUGUGUCUUUUAAUGUUUUUAUAUAUGUACAAAAGAUUUUCUACCGAAAAAAAAAACGCUGAGCCUGAAUUAGUGGCGAGUAUAAACAAACGUACAUAUUCCAUUGUAGAUUCUUGUUGAAUUAUACUUGUAUUCCGCUGUACGGCACACCCCCACGGUGAUACGCCCCGUACGUAUCUGUACCCGCACGAGUACGGUGAUGCGAUUAAGCUGACAUUGCAUUUGAAGUUCUUUUAGUUUUUAAGUCUGUGCUCUACUGGAAUUCAAGUCCACUCGCGUUCACGCAAGUUUCGUGAUUGAAAAGAGUCACGGUAUCGAAUUGCGGGAGAGGAUCACACAUACACAUACACAAAGAAACAUACACACUUUAAAGUAAAAUACGCUUGCGAAUAAUCCGAUAAGCGCUCAUAUUAAUUCCGAAUGAAGCGCUAAGUAUACACAUAAUUAUGUCACAUUUAUAACAUGCAAUCGUAUCAAACGAUUAUAUUAUUAAAUGAUGAGAAAUCUGAUACACACACCGAUCCGAAGAUCUCUCGCUCGCGAUCGAUAAAAUGAAAUUGCAUUUCUUUGUGUAAAAGUUUUAACUGUUGAAACAGUACCGGAAAACCGAGCUAUAACACUGUGCGUCUCUAAGAGUUUAUACGCGUGAAAGUAAUAGAUGUAUGAAACUUCUAUGGUGGAUCUUAUGCAUUGUAAAGCUUCGCCACAAGAGCGCAAUAGGGACCGAUAUUCAUAGUCCGUUUUCCAUUCGAGAUCGUCUUUAAGUAACGUCUUACCAUGUUAAUACAACUCUGAUUGGUUUGUUACAUAAAGACGGUCUUAAAUACAAGAACGGAUCUACGAAUACCGGCCUAGAUUGUUACAUUCGCAAGUAUUCGCGUACUUCCGCGUUAGCGUUGCCACGUUACUCGUCGACGCUACGGCGCAUCGAUUUAAUGCUGUUUAAUGGCUUCAUUCACCAAUAAAAUAUGGUUUUGGUAAAUAUAGUUAUACUUGAGAAUAAGUUUAUGAAUAAAGAUUAAGAUAUUAGAGUUAUUUUAUAUAUAUGUAUAUACAUAUACAUACAUAUAUAUAUAUAUAAUAUAUAUAUAUAUUUCUACAUACACGUGAAAAGUUUGCAUGCACUUAUAAUUUAAUUAAAAUAAAACUACUCUCUGUGUAAGUCAAAUUUAUAUUUUACGUCUUGUUGGCAUUUAAAAUGGCAAGAAAAUUAUUUAUUGUAUACCACGCGUCGUGUUAGGUACUCGAGAAGAUGGUGUAUAUAACUUAUCAUGGUUAGAUAGUACUGAUUGUGGCAAAUAAAGUUUUAUUAUUGUUUAUAUUAAUCCAACGGCGAGAGUGCACGUUCAGUUUGAUCGUCAUUGUACACGAACAAUAUAUGAAUACUUCUAUUCUCUAA